AUGACGGACAAUGCGCCGAUUGAUAUCAUUCGGUCUCAUCAAGAUGACUUGGACCGAGAAAGUGCAAAACAAGAAAAGCAAGUAAACCCGCAGUCGGCAACGUCGCUCGAGAUCGAUGAAGAUGAGAAAUACAAGCUGGAUGUUCCCCCGGACGGUGGUUACGGCUGGGUUUGUGUCGCCUGUGUCUUCUGGAUCAAUGCGCAUACCUGGGGUAUCAACAGCAGUUACGGUGUGUUCCUGAGCCACUAUCUCUCGAACGAUGUAUUUCCGAACACAUCAGCCCUAUCAUACGCCUUCACAGGCGGCCUGAGCAUCUCCUGUGCCCUCCUGGUGGCCCCGUUAGCCACCCACAUGAUCCACAAAUGGGGCACCCGCCUCGUCCUCAAUUUGGGCAUCUUCCUCGAGACCCUCUCCCUAAUCGGGGCCUCAUUCGCAACCCAAAAAUGGCACAUUUUCCUUAGUCAAGGCGUCUGCUUCGGGUGGGGCAUGGGUUUCCUCUUUGUGGGUAGCGUCGGUAUCACCCCGCAAUGGUUCAGCAAACACCGUGGUGUAGCUAUGGGUAUCAACGCCGCUGGAUCUGGCCUCGGCGGACUGAUCUACUCCCUCGCAGUGGGUGCCAUUAUCCCGCGCUACGGGUUGGGCUGGGCAUUCCGCAUAUUGGGUAUCAUCUCUUGCGUUGUGAACUUGGUCUGCUGCAAUUUACUCCGGGAUCGCAAUAAGGCUGUCGGCAGUAGAUUCACGGCUUUCCACCUACCCCUCCUGCGUCGCCCGGAAUUCUUGCUCUUUCUCGGGUGGGGUAUGUUCAGUAUGCUAGGCUACGUGGCGCUAUUGUUCAGCGUGGCCAACUUCGCCCUCUCCGUUGGUCUUUCCUCGCAUCAAGGAAGUAUUGUCUCGGCGUUGCUCAAUCUUGGACAGGGACUUGGUCGUCCGUUUGUUGGCAUGUUCAGUGAUCGACUUGGUCGUAUCAAUAUUGCCACUUUCCUAACAUUCCUCUGCGGUCUAUUCUGUCUCAUCAUCUGGACUUUCGCUGAUAGUAUGGGCGUGGUAUGUUUCUUUGCCGUGUUGGUCGGCACUGUUGCAGGGACAUAUUGGGCUACUGUUUCUCCCGUCCUGGCGGAAAUCAUUGGUAUCAGGGACCUUCCUUCCGGCUUGAGCAUUACCUGGCUGGCGCUUGUUAUCCCUUGCACUGUCUCUGAGCCAAUUGCCCUGCAGCUCCGCAGUCAUUAUGCUGAUGGCGGGACUUCAUAUCUUCGUGUUCAGAUCUUCACUGGAUUUAUGUAUUUGGGUGCUUCCGUAUGUUUGUGGCUCGUUCGCGGCUGGAAGGUCGGCGAAUCGGAGCGUUCUCAGGGAUGCCAGAAUUCGGUCGUGCAGACUGGCCCAUUGACCCAAAGGGCUGGAGGGAACGAGAAGCAAGAUCAAACUGCAGUUGUUUCCUCGACCGUGGAGGCCACCCAGUCGGAUGCCCAGCUAUGGGCCCCGGUCUGUCUAUGUCGCAAUAUGGUUACUUUAAAGAAGGUUUGA